AAAGUCCAAAGACCAAAGCAAAACACUCUUCCCCUAAUUCCCCAAAUUACCAUUGAAAACCCCUCUUUCUCUCCACUAUUCCUUUCUUCUUCAACAGGAUUCAAUUCAACCUCUCUCUCCUCUCUCCUCUCUCACUGCAACAACACUCAGAAACCUCGAAACCCACAACAAUGGGUCAAGGACCAUCGGGCCUGAAUCGCCCACCAAAUUCCGGCGACAAAAACCAAAACUCCGACAAGAAAGACAAGAAAUUCGAACCCGCCGCACCCCCAUCUCGUGUGGGUCGAAAGCAGCGCAAGCAACGAGGCCCAGAUGCCGCCGCACGGCUUCCCGUCGUAACCCCACAUACCAAAUGCAAGUUAAGGCUUCUUAAGCUUGAAAGAGUGAAGGAUUACUUGUUAAUGGAGGAAGAAUUUGUGGCAAAUCAAGAAAGAUUGAAACCCCAGGAAGAAAAGACCGAGGAAGAUCGAUCUAAGGUUGAUGAUAUUCGUGGGUCUCCUAUGAGUGUUGGGAAUUUGGAGGAGUUGAUCGAUGAGAAUCAUGCUAUUGUUAGUUCUUCUGUUGGGCCUGAGUAUUAUGUGGGUAUUAUGUCUUUUGUUGAUAAGGAUCAAUUGGAGCCUGGAUGUUCAAUUUUGAUGCACAAUAAGGUCCUUUCAGUUGUUGGAAUUCUCCAAGAUGAGGUGGAUCCUAUGGUGUCUGUCAUGAAAGUUGAGAAAGCUCCAUUGGAGUCAUAUGCUGACAUUGGUGGGUUGGACCCCCAGAUUCAGGAAAUCAAAGAAGCAGUAGAACUUCCUCUUACUCAUCCCGAGCUGUAUGAGGACAUUGGAAUCAGGCCUCCUAAAGGGGUUAUACUGUAUGGAGAGCCUGGUACAGGGAAGACUUUGCUGGCCAAGGCUGUAGCAAAUUCAACUUCAGCCACAUUUUUGCGUGUCGUUGGAAGUGAAUUGAUUCAGAAAUACUUGGGUGAUGGUCCCAAAUUAGUAAGGGAACUAUUUAGGGUUGCGGAUGAACUUUCACCAUCAAUUGUUUUCAUUGAUGAGAUUGAUGCAGUGGGAACAAAGAGGUAUGAUGCUCACUCAGGCGGUGAGCGUGAGAUUCAGAGGACUAUGCUGGAGUUGCUGAACCAAUUAGAUGGAUUUGAUUCUAGAGGAGAUGUGAAAGUCAUACUUGCAACUAAUAAAAUUGAAAGUCUUGACCCAGCAUUGCUUCGUCCUGGGCGAAUAGAUAGAAAGAUUGAAUUUCCUCUGCCAGAUAUUAAAACCAGGAGACGCAUUUUCACGAUCCAUACGUCAAAGAUGACAUUGGCUGAAGAUGUCAAUUUAGAAGAGUUUGUGAUGACAAAGGAUGAGUUUUCUGGAGCAGACAUUAAAGCAAUCUGCACAGAGGCUGGGUUGCUUGCUUUAAGAGAACGGCGUAUGAAGGUAACCCAUGGUGACUUUAAGAAAGCCAAGGAAAAGGUGAUGUACAAGAAGAAAGAAGGUGUUCCAGAAGGGCUUUACAUGUAGAGUUGUUUCUGGAAAUAUUAUUUCACAAUUUAUGGUAACGUCCAGCUGUUACCGAGUUUCAUCGUUAUUACACCAUUAUUUUUUUUUUUCUCGAUACAUUGCAAUGUUUUUAAAUAGAUUAUUAACUCUCAUUUAGAUGAAAUUGACAUUCGUAAAAUCAGCUGAUUGUUAUACCAUUUGAAAUGUACAAAUUUUCUUAAGACAGAUUUUUUAGCAUCAUAAUGCUCAUCUUCUACGGCA